AUGCAACGUCUUGGAACUUCCUUUGGUGCUCUGCAAGCAUUACCUACUCGCGACUGGAACCCGGACCUGCCACAAUUCCAACCCAAUCGAACAUCACCAGACCAUACGAAUAGAGAAGACGACACGAUGAACGGAAAUUCCAGCAGUGGUAAUGGCGAGAGUAAUGGAUCAAAGACCUCGACUGUGCCACUUUGGAUUGCAGGCGAAGAGGUAACCUCCAACACAACACCCUUCGACGUCGUCUCCCCCACCACCAGCCAAAAACUCUGGUCCGCCUCUGGCACAACACCCGACCAAGCCAUCGAAGCCGUCGACAAAGCCCAAGAAGCCUUCAAAUCAUGGCGUCGCACGAAACCCGCCGCGAUCCGCACGAUCCUAUUGAAAGCGGCGGAUAUCAUGGAGAAGAGGCAGGAGGAAUUGGCGAGCUACAUGAAAGAGGAGACGGGUGCUUUGGAUGCGUUUGCGGGAUUCAACAUGAUGACCACGAUUGAGAAUCUGAGGGAUGUGGCGGGCAGGGCGGCGAAUAUCAUGGGUGUUAUUCCGCAGACUGGAACGGCGGGGCAAGGUGCGCUGGUGUUCAAGGAGCCGAUGGGUGUGAUAUUGGGGAUUGCGCCAUGGAAUGCUCCAUAUAUCCUCGGUGUGAGAGCGGCAUUGUACGCGAUCGCUGCUGGCAACUGCGUGGUGUUGAAAGGCAGCGAGCUUUCUCCUCGAACCUUCUGGGCGAUUGGAUCUGUGUUCGCGGAAGCAGGACUGCCGAAAGGUGUCUUGAGCGUCAUCUAUCACCGCCCCGAAGACGCCGUCGCAGUAACAAACGCCCUGAUCGAAAGUCCACAUGUCAAAAAAGUCAACUUCACCGGCUCCACGAACGUCGGCGCCAUCAUCGCCAGCAAAGCCGGCAAGGAGCUCAAACCCGUGCUCCUCGAGCUUGGUGGAAAGGCCUCAGCCGUUAUCUGCGAAGACGCCGAUGUCGAGAGCGCAGCUUUCCAGUGUGCACUUGGCGCCUUCCUCCAUUCCGGGCAGAUCUGCAUGUCGACCGAAAGAAUCCUGGUCGAUCGCAAGAUCCUGGACAAAUUCGUCGAAGCGCUGAAAGGGGCGGUAGAGAAAGUCUUCCCAUCCUCCGGCGAAGCUCCCGUUCUCGUAGCCAAAGCAGGUGUGGAGAAAAACCGGAACCUCGUCAACGAUGCCGUAAAGAAAGGAGCCAAACUCACCUACGGCAACGUCGAGACGAAAGAGGACUCAGCAUAUAGAAUCCGACCACUGAUUGUGCAGGAUGUGAAGAAGGAUAUGGAUCUUUACUACACCGAGUCCUUCGGUCCGUCGGUCUCGCUGAUCGGGUUCGAGAACGAUGAGGAGGCCAUUGAGAUCGCGAAUGAUACCGAGUAUGGGCUUAGCGGGGCUGUCUUCACGGCUAGUCUGGCGAGAGGGUUGAAGAUUGCCAAGGAGAUUGAUUCUGGUGCGGUGCAUAUUAACAGCAUGAGUGUGCAUGACGAGUCGAUGCUGCCGCACGGUGGCGUGAAGAAGUCUGGUUGGGGACGUUUCAAUGCACAAUGGGGCAUCGAGGAGUUCGUCAAGCUCAAGACAGUGACAUACAUGGAGUGA